CCGUCGUGUUGAGGUGAAGUGUGUCAGAUAUGCAGUCCAACAUGUAGGACAUGCCAUGGCAGAGAGAGAGAGUCGCUAUGUACACAGCACGCAGCCCGUCAGCCACAGGCCGAUAGAGACAGACACAGAGACAUAGAGAGAGAGAGAGAGAGAGUCAACGGUCUCACUCGGUCACCCACAGUCACAAGUAUCACAUGCAGAAGACAUGACGACAUCCCUCUGCCCUCAUCGCAACACUCCACGUCUCUAUCUGUCUGGCCCUCUGUCUCUGUCUGGGUGGCCUCUGUCUGUCUCCUCGCACCAGCCGCCUCGGUGGCCGAGUGCCGCUCCCAUCGUGCCAAUCGUCCGCAGGGCCGUGUGGUUUGCUGCUGCUGCUGCUGCUGCUGGUAUGUCUGUGUGGCUGCUGCUGGUGUGACUGUCGCUGCUCGAGCUGCUGCCCGACGAGCUGUCCGACGAGCUGUCCGACGCCGUGGGCGAAGGGGGGCGGUGCGACACGGCGGCGGGAGACGGCGGGGCGUGUGGCGGUGGUGAGUCGGGCGAGGUGAACCACGGGUGGUCGAGGGCAGCCUCCACUGACAGACACAAACAAAGAGGCACAGCACAGCGGUCUGUCUGGUCUUCACACACUGCGUGCGUCAGUCAGUGACCACACAGCACAGCACAGCACAGCCAUGUGUGUGUAGUGUAUAUCACCCACCUGAUGCGAUUCGGUCGUGUUUGUUGAAGGCCAGGAGUGACCGGAUGAGGUCCUUGGCUGCGUCGGACACCCCGUCGGUGCGUCUGAACCGAACCCCCUGCAAGACACAAUGGAAUGGACACACACAAAUAUCAAUCACCUCACCCAGACGGCCCCCCCGUUGAUGUGAUGUGUGACUGACUGAUCUGAUCCAGCCGACCGAGCCACCAACCCUUUUAACCCACCUACCCGGGUCAAUGCCUUCCACUUGCCCUCAGUCAUAAUGCCGUCGUCGCGCAGGUCAAAGGGAUACCGCCCAGUGAGCAUUCGGUAACUGAGGCACGCACAGCACACAUGACAUGACAUGACAUGACAUGUGGGCUCCCAGCCAGCCCAGGCAGGGCUGGAUGGGAUGGGCUGGGAUGGAUGCACGUAGCGGACUGACUGACUGACCAGUAUGUGUGUGUGUAUGUGUGUCUAUGUGUGUGUAUGUGUGUUUGGGCUCACUCACAUGCACACGCCCAUCGCCCAAAUGUCGCUGGCCUCGCUGUAGUCCAAACACUCGUAGCACUCGGGGGCCUGCACACACACACACACAGACACACACAGACAGACAGACAGCACAGCCGCAUUGCAUUCUCGGGCGCAUCGAAGGCUUCGGACAAUUGAGUGUGCUUACGAGGUAUUUUGCGGUUCCGAUAAUGCGCGUUGGCCUGCUGCUUUGGGGGGUCAGGACCGUGUCGAAGUCAACUAACAUGACACGGUCGCCGCUGGUCAUGAUGUUCCGCAGCGACACGUCGGCGUGUGUCAUCUGCACACACACACAGACAGACAGACAGACAGGCAGACAGAGAGACAGGGGCUAUGCUGUGCUCGUGUGUAUGUGUAUGUGUAUGUGUGUGUGUGUGGUCAUUCAUCUGUGUGUGUGUGCGUACGCCGUGGUCGUGCAGCACUUUGAGGCCGCUGAGCGCCCCCAUGGCUAUCCGUUUGGCCUCCCUCUCCCCCAGCCGUCCGCAGUCGGCGUCUGUCCCCCUGACCCACUCCAUGUUUAUGUAGUAGUUGUCGUCGUCUUGGAAGAUGCCAGAGGCGAGGCAGAGGUGCGGUGACUCCGGGAGGUCCAGGAUGGCCUCGUACUUCUGUACAAAGUCGGCCUCUGUGCACUGCGGGUCAUCCUCCCUGGUAUUUAGGGGGGUAGUAGGAAAGAAGGAAACAGACAGACAGACAGACAGAGAGGGUGUGGUGUCUGAGAGGAGAAAGGAUGACUGUCUGUGUGUGCCAUGAGCUGACAUGAAGUUGCUCCGGGGGACGAGUUUGAUGGCCUCGUAGAGGCCGCGGAACCAGGUGGCCUCGACCUUCAGAAUGAGGCCGUUCCUGCACACAGACAGUUGCAUGCGAUGCAUACCACUCCCUAGGUACCGUAGUGUGUCCCAUCCAUUGAAUGAAAUCUAUGUGUGAUAUCAUUGGGCGGGCCCAUGUAUGUGCAGCUGACUGAGCUCUCUGUUGCCCGCCGGCGGCUUGGCUUACCCGCCGUCGUCGGCCUCUCUGACGAGCCGCAAGUCGUUCUCCUCGAGCAUCGACCAAAAGUCGGCGUAGCGCUGCAUCGCACACCCCAAUUGACACACAGAAGAAUGAAAUGAAUGCGGCGUCACGUCAUGGGGCCUGCAACGCUUCUCUGCUCCUAAAGAAGCUGACCCAAACUAUCGGCAGCUUGAACGGCACGCUGCACUUCUGCCCCUCGCUGUUGGCCGUCUGGCCGCCCCGCUCCCCGCCAUUAUCAGCAGCUGCUACACAUGCGACGGCCGCUUCAGGCGGCAUCAUCGUGACGUGACGACGGUGGAUUGGAUCAACAAUCACAAUGGCUCUCUCGCACACUAUCGAACCGACGACGCCUCUGCACUCCGCAAAGACCAAACGUCAAAUCAAAGAGAGCCACAUCC